AUGCCCUUAGCCGGAAAUCCUGUAUGCUUUGAGCUUAAUGAGAAAUUAGUAUGGAGUUACAACAGCAAGGAGCUAAUUCUCGCACAGAUGCAAGUACAACCAUCUUGGCUUCAGGAAGUUGCAGAAGCACAGAAGAAAGAUGCACAAAAUAGCCCUAUGGGCAUGAAAGAUAGAGGGACAUCGGAGAUGUCUGUAACAAGAUGUUUAACAUGUCAACAAGUAAAAGCCAGAACAUCAACUGCCAUCCGGGUUACUUCAUCCCAUAAUAGUGCCAACAUGGAAAAUGGGAUCAGAAUCCACGAUGGACUUGUUACUGGCUUACCUCAGGAACACAGCGUAAGCAUGAUGCAAGUAUGGAACUAUCCAUUGGCCAACUAUCCGUUUCCCAAGCUACGGAUUGUGGACCUCUCCAACAACAAUUUCAGCGGACCUUUGCCUUCAUAUUAUUUCAAUAAUUUCGAUGCAAUGAUCAAUGUUGAUCAGAAUAUAACAUACAUGGGAGCACUAAGCUACUAUUUCUAUCAUUAUGAUUAUUCUGUGAGCUUGACAUUGAAAGGAUUGGAAAUUGAGUUGGUGAAAAUCCAAACUCUUUUAACAACCAUUAAUCUGUCAGGUAAUAACUUCACAGGAAAAAUUCCCAAGUCAGUUGGAAAGCUUAAAGCACUUAAGCAGCUCAACUUGUCACAUAAUCAUCUCACAGGCGAUAUUGAACCAUCAAUAGGAAAUUUGACCAAUCUGGAAACUUUAGACCUCUCUUCAAAUAAUCUUACUGGAAGGAUUCCGAUCCAAUUGGCAACUGUGACAUCCCUCGAAGUAUUUCGUGUUUCGCAUAAUCAACUUGAAGGACUCAUACCUACAGGCCCUCAGUUCAACACAUUUGAUAAUAGCUCGUAUGAAGGAAACACAAGACUGUGUGGAUUUCCACUGCAAAAGGCAUGUAAUUCUGGUGAAAGGCAAUGAGUGACGACCCCAUCAGGCGAAGAAGAUUCAAACUCUGAUGAAAGUGGAUUUGGAUGGAAAUCUGUUUUCACGGGAUAUGCAUUUGGAGCAGUGUUUGGUCUCGCAAUGGGAUACCUUGUGUUCAGAACAAGAAAACCUGCUUGGUUGGUGAAGCUGAUUGAAGGGUGA